CGCCAAGCCGGGCCGGAGUGGUGAGAGCCGGCGGGACUGCGGAGGGCGAGUGGACUCAGAGGGGGGUGUUCCCUGAGUUUCAACCUAAGGCAUGGCACGCUAAGUGGUCAAGAGAGUAAGUGACGGGUGAAGUCCCAAGACAAAAGUCCUGUAGGGCAGAGCCUUACAGAAAGUGUGACGUGUGCAUGAGGGCAGGGCAGGGCAGGGCAGGGCACGUGCUGUCGGCUGGGCAAACGGCCUUUGCAAAGAUGUGGGAGCAACGAACAGGGCUUUCCUCUGGGGUCAGCAAGCAGCUGAGAGCAGGUUGGAAAGGGUAUAGACAAGAGGGCCUUGAAUGCCAGGAUCAAGAGUUUUGCCCUAAUUUUUACUUAAUCGGGGGCCUCUGAUGAAUUUUGAGAAGGCUCCAGGCCCCUUUCUCCAUUGCUCCUGCUGCUGCCCUGACCCAGGCCCUUCUAAUUUCUUGAUAACCUCCUAACUGGUCUCCCUGCCUCUAUUCUUGUCCCUUUCCAGCUAUAGUCCACAAAGGCCCCCUACGCAGGGGCUUUCUAAAAUGCAAGUCUGAUUGUGUCUGUCCCCCUUUUAAGGCCCUUCCAUGGCUCCCUGUUGCUCACAGGACAAGAUCCUGGCUUUUGUGGCUCGGUGUGGCCUGGCCCCACCUUCCUCUACAGCCUCAGGCCCACUGUGCCUCUGCCUCCACUAGGCCCCCUAGUUUCCUGAGCAGCCAUGCUAUUGAAUUACUCACGGCUUUUGCCCACGCUUCUCCAUCCCUCCCGUUCACUUUCUCUGCCUGGUGACCUCUUAUUCACCCUUUAAGACUUAGUGUAAAUUUCCUUUUGGAGACGCUUUCCCUGACCCUCCUGAAGCCACUAUUAUGCCUUGAGUCUUUCUGUUUUGAAGCUCACAUUGCAUUGCAAUUAUCUAGUGCCAAAAUCCUGGGAGUUCCCAUUUUCGAGUGUUUAUUGUGUGGAGGUGCAUUCUGUUACAGCCCCACUUACAGAUGAGGAAGCUAAGGCUCAGAGAAUUGGUGUGACUCGCCCACUGCCUGCAGCUGGAGGGUGACAGAGCUGGGAUUUGAGCCCAGAUAUCUUUGACUAUUUCUGACUCCUUCCAUCUCCUGUUCCCUGGAUCCUGCUAUAUCUCCUGAACCUCCACUGUUCGGUGUGUGAGGCACUAAUCAAAGGGGUAGAUGCAGCAGGGUUGCCAUGGUGUGGGCAGGAUGGGGAAAUGGGGCUGGGCUUAACCUGGGGUGGAGGUGAUAAGCAACUGUCAGCCCAGCUCCCCACAGCUAGGGGUUUCCUUUCCACCUUCCAUUCCAAGCGGCUACCUGGGGACAGGCCUGCGGGACUCCAGGCCGAACAGGUGGCAUGGAGACAAACGGCAUGGCAAUCUGCCUCCUCUCUGGGGCCCAGAGAGGAGGGAGGACCUGAGAGAGCCCAGGGUGCUCACUGACACUUCUGGGCUAGAUCCUGGGGAGGCAACUCCCUUUGGGCCUGGGUGUCUUCUGCCCUCCCAGAGGGACCCCAGCCUGCAAGGUCCCGUCCCAGCAGGGGAAAUGCCACUUCCACCUCUGUCCCAGAUGAAUGGCUGGCUUUGGCCUCCCAGGAGACUGUCUGCUCCAACCAGGUACAAAUGCCAUCCCCUUCCCACCCCCACCCCCCUGGCCAGAGAGGAAGGAAGAGGGAGCGAGAGAGGAGGGAGGCGUGGGGUUGCCAAGCAAGGUAGGAGCAGGGACAGCGACAACAAAGCCCUCAUUGUAUCAAGGCCACACGCAGCUCCAAGGCAAAGCAGGCAUCGUUCCCGCCUCCCAGGACCUGGGCCUAGAGCUCCACCCGGAGUUUCUGAGCUCCUUAGCAAUGCUCACCAGAGCUGGCUUGGAACAGCGAGGCCCUGCCUCAGCUCUGAGUCCUGCCUCUGCUGAGAAGUCCUCCUGAAAUCACAGCAUCCUUCCAAAAGCCAGAAGUGGUGAUGGGAGGAUGGCCAGUGAAGCCAGGCUGGCUGGGGCUAGAAGCCAGGGUCUGUUGGACGUGCAGCUGUGUGACCUUGGACCCAAAUGUGAUAAAAAAUCCUGCCUUGAAGGAUUUUUAUUUGAAGUAAUGGACCAAGGCACAUAAAAGCACUCAGCACGGUCACCUGGCCGCAGAAGUGUUCAAUCAGUGACAGGUGAUCCUUGAAGCCCUCGUCCACCCACGAGCAAGGACUGUCAGCCCCUCCCAAGCUGCUCCUAGUUGAGGCCCUCCUGUGCCCAGGAGGUGGUGAGCCAUUGGUGGCCUUCCUGGCAAGUGUGGAGUAGCACUGUUGUCCCCUCAGCCCCUGUCUCACUGUUCCUCCUCCAGAAGCCGGCCCUGCAGUUCCAGGAGGCCCCGCCUGGGCAGUUGGGGCAUGGUGGGUGGGAUGCAUCGCCAAGCUGGGGCGAGCAGCUCAGGUGACAGGUGGGGUGUCGGCGGCUCCUGUGCCUGGCACCUGACACCUCUAGGCAGACAAUGCUGGCAAUGUCCGAGCCCUCCAGGGAACACGCCACGUCUGUGUCACAGCCAGGAAACAGGCCACCUGAGUAGCGCCGUUGUCCACUCAGGACGCAGCCCCGCCGCUGGCCGGAAUGACCGGGAUCCCCAGAGGCCCUGACGUGGGAAGGGGUGGUGCCCUGGGCAGGGGCUCUGGGGUUUGAGACCCAGCCCCUCAGCAUCUGGUGUUGGCCUGGUUCAGCUGUUGGCCCUGCCACACUGGGGCUGGGACUUGGGCAGGCCGUUCCCUCUCGGGUUCCUCAUCUGUAAAGGGACUAAUCACAGCACUUCCUCAUAGGGUUGUUGGGAGGAGUCGAUGGCAUAAUGUACGUAAUGUGGUUGGCACGGGGUCUGGUGUGGAGCAGGGCUUGGUCACUGCUUCUCUCCCCGCAUGGGGGAAGGUCCAGCGCACUGUGUCCUUGGCUGAAUCUCCUGUAACCCAGGCUACUGUCCUUAGUUCUCGCUCUGAGCGUGGAAGGAGGGGACUAGGGUCUCUGGAGCUGGCACAGCACUAGCACAUUGGCUGCAAAGAGCCCAGGCCUCUCCACCUUGGACUCCAGGAGCUCUGGGCUAAUGCCCUGUGCAGGCCUCCUUCCACAGUAGCCAACACCAGCCCAGGAUGGGGCCUCUCCCCUCCUUAAACUUCUGUAGGGCUGGCUGCCCUUGGAGCCCAAACCUCUACCCAGGAAAGGGGCCUUGGGAUUCCUGGGCAGGAGGCCAGGUCUGAGUCUCUCUACUGAUUUGUCAAGAGGGCCAAGGAUGGAUCUCUGCAGGCAUGGUCACUUCCUACUGGGUCCAGCCUACAGAGACACCCCCUGGGAGCAGGGAGGAGUCCUCAUCUCCCAUCUGUCUCCUUCCUCAUUUGCUUUGAGCCUGUGCCCUGAGUUCCUGGUGCACCCCACAAUGAGCAUGAGCAUUUGCAUGGAUGGGUGUGGGCAUGCCUGUGUGCAGCGUGUGGACAGUGGGGGGCGGGGCAGGUGAGGGCUGCAUGUCCUGCAUUGUGGGCAGGCCCCCUGAGCAUGUUCACUGAGCCAUGUGUGGCAUGCCUUGGAAUGGAGGGGACGUGGUACCUUUUCAUAUUCGCGUGUAUCCAUAUGUCUUUCUACACGUGUGUGGUGUGUUGGUCUGUCUUAUCUCCCCUGUAGACGGGAAGCCCCGAGCCACGCACCAGCAGGCACUGUGACAACGUGACAUCGAGACUAGCGCAGCCUAAUCUGGGGUUCCUGGUCCUGCUCCAGGAGUCCUCCAGUCUGCAGCCUCCGCCGAGGGAGGAUUGACUAGCGUGGGGGUGGGGGUCCGAGAGUCAGGGGUCUGGGGGCCUGGCUUAUAGCUUAGAGGACUCAGUGCUGGGCCGAGCCAAUUAGGAGGCCCUGCCCCAGUGUCAGUGACCUUGGGUGAGGCCUUUGUGUCUCUGGGGCACAUUCACUCAUGUGGAGGACACGGGAUCGGGCUGACGAUUUCUGCCCGCCCUGAGGCUCUGAUGAUCAUGAUUUUACGUCGGGUGGUGGGGUGAGAGCCUGCUGCAUUUGUUGGUGGAGGCAGCUGUGGCCUGAGCCUGGCCUGCCAGCCCCCAGCUCGGUCCUGGGUGUCCUGCUGAAGGGUGAGAGGAGAAGCCAUGCCGGGCAGCGGCCCCAGCGAGAGGAUGACGUGGCCGGGCCCGGCCCCCCCCGCGGCCCCCCCAACCCACCCUCUCUCCUCAGCCCCGGGGACACCGCCCAUCCCGCCCCUCACCCGGACCCACAGCCUCAUGGCCAUGUCCCUGCCAGGCAGUAGACGGGCCUCUGCUGGAUCCCGCAGGCGCACCUCUCCCCCCGUGAGCGUGCGGGAUGCCCACGGCACCUCUUCCCUCAGCAGCAGCAGUAACUCGGGCUCCUGCAAGGGAAGUGACAGCAGCCCCACGCCCAGGCGCGCCAUGAAGUACACGCUGUGCAGUGACAACCAUGGCAUCAAGCCUCCCACCCCGGAGCAGUACCUGACCCCCCUGCAGCAGAAGGAGGUGUGCAUCCGGCAUCUGAAGGCCCGGCUGAAGGACACGCAGGACCGGCUCCAGGACCGGGACACGGAGAUCGAUGACCUGAAGAUGCAGCUGUCGCGCAUGCAGGAGGACUGGAUCGAGGAGGAGUGCCACCGCGUGGAGGCCCAGCUGGCCCUGAAGGAGGCCCGCAAGGAGAUCAAGCAGCUCAAGCAGGUCAUCGACACCGUCAAGAACAACCUGAUUGACAAGGACAAGGGGCUGCAGAAGUACUUCGUGGACAUCAACAUCCAGAACAAGAAGCUGGAGACGCUGCUGCACAGCAUGGAGGUGGCCCAGAACGGCUUCGCCAAGGAGGACGGCGCCGCCGAGUCGGCCGGCGGGUCCCCCGCCCGCUCCCUUACCCGUAGCUCCACCUACACAAAGCUGAGCGACCCCGCUGUCUGCGGCGACCGCCUGCCGGGUGACCACCCAGGCGCCUCUGUGGAGGACGGGGCUGACAGUGGCUUCGUGGCGACCGACGACACUCUGAGCCGGACGGAUGCACUGGAGGCCAGCAGCCUGCUAUCUUCGGGGGUGGACUGCGGCCUCGAGGAGGGCUCCUCGCUGCACGGCUCCUUCAGCCUGGGCCCCCGCUUCCCCGCCAGCAACACCUACGAGAAGCUGCUGUGCGGCACGGAGGCCGGCGUGCAGGCCAGCUGCAUGCAGGAGCGCGCCAUCCAGACGGACUUCGUGCAGUACCAGCCGGACCUGGACACCAUCCUGGAGAAAGUGACCAAGGCCCAGGUCUGCGGGACAGUCCCCAAGUCAGGGGACAGGUGCCCGGAGUUGGAUCCCCACCCCCUGGGGCCCAGAGACCCCAACUCUGCAGUGGUGGUGACGGUGGGUGACGAGCUCGAGACCCCAGAGCCCAUCACGCGGGGGCCCACCCCACACCACCCCGGUGCCAACCCCAACCCGUCGGUGAGCGUGGCGUGCCCCGUGGAAGAGGAGGAGGAGGCGGCCGCAGCCGAGGAGGAGCCCAAGAGCUACUGGAGCCGCCACUAUAUCGUGGAUCUGCUGGCGGUGGUGGUGCCAGCCGUGCCCACGGUGGCCUGGCUCUGCCGCUCCCAGCGGCGCCAGGGCCAGCCCAUUUACAACAUCAGCUCCCUGCUGCGGGGCUGCUGCACCGUGGCCUUGCACUCCAUCCGCAGGAUCAGCUGUCGCUCGCUGAGCCAGCAGGGCCCAAGCGCCAGCACUGCUGCAGGCGGCAGCUUGCAGCUCUGAGGCCCCAUCCCGGCCCGGGCUCCGGAGGCCUGACUACCGAUUGUAGGGGUGCCGUCCUCCCUCUCGCACCUUCCCGUGGGGCAUCAUCUUAUUUAUUUAGUUUUGGGUUUGGAGGUGGUGUUUCCAGAAUGGUGACAGUGUCAGGGGCUGGGAGCGGGGGGUGGGGGAAGGUGUCCCAAAAGUGCAACAGGAGAGAAGGGAAGAGAGACCAAGGGCAGGGAGGCACAGGGAUGGGACACACUGCAGAGAAAGAAGGUGGUGAGGCCCCCAACCUGGCCCCCCUGCCCACCUGGCCUCUCACACAGGGCAGCCCCUGCUCAGGAAGUCUCUGGUGUGCUGAUCUGGGGAGGCCGGGCUUAACUUGUGUGCCAAGCCUCCCCGUCCCCCACCCCCAUGUCCUGUCCAGUUCCCUGCCCACCCCAAGCCUUCUCUCCCAAGCCACCCCUUGCCCUCAGCCCAGGCUUCUGGGCCGGUAUUACCUCCUCAGAUGGAGGCAGCUGCGACCCAAAGUACAGGCAACUGACCGGGACUCCGAGCGGGUCUGGAACCACUUGGCCUGGGCUGAGCUCCAUCCCCUUCCGGCUGCUCCCCGCUUUGGGAGCACGGUCAAGGCCAUGGGCUGGAGGAAAGAUGGUGAUGGGCAGAGGGCGGUGUGGGUUCUGUGUCUGUCUGUUCGUCCCAGAGCUUCCCGACAUCUGUUUUCCUCCUGGCGCUUCUGAGUGUGUCAGAUAAUUUUGUGAGAGCCAGACAGGCGAGUGCCGGGGUGUGAACGCUAGCCUGAGCCCAGCUCCUGUCUGGAGACACUGCCAGCAGGAAAGGAGGAGGCGGGGGCUGGCGGCUUAAGGGGGCAGCUCCGGCCUUCUGAGACAGGGCCCUGCAGCCUGGGAGGCAGGGCUAGACUCAGCAACCACCAGCUGACUGCUCCAGGCCUGGCUGCCCUGGAGCUCGCCCUGGUUUAUCCGGGGACCUUAGGACCGACUUCUGCUUUGCACUGUGUUCACUUUGGGGCUUGCUUCUCACGCAUCCCAGGGUCUCCUGUGAGGUGGCUGCUUGCUUUCUAGGAUGAGGAUUCCUAAAUCUUACACCUUUCUGCCUCUGAGGGGAAUUCCAGCGGGAUGAAUGGCAAGAUGAGGUUUUGAAGCCAUCAUGUCCGUCCAGGCCUAAGCAGGGUGUCCUGGGAUGUUUCCCAGGUAGGGGGUGGAGUGGGGCUCCCAGCCCAAGCCCAGUCAGCCUGGGAAGGUUCACUGGCUCCCCCUCCUUCCCCGGGACCACAUCUAGGUCCCUCUGCAAAGCUGCUGACAUGUUAUUUGCAUUAUUAUUUUACAGAGUAAACCCAUUCCUCUUCCUCUGCAGGGCUUAUACCUAUCUCGUCAUCCCACCCACUCUUCAGAGUUAGGCCCUACAUUGUGGCGGGGGGAGGGUGUUGGUGGGACCCUGUAUCUCACUCACCCCUCUGGCCUAGGGGCCACUCUGGUUCUGCCAAGGUUGCUUGCCCACCCCCGCUGCUCCGACAGCUGUUGCCUGACGCAUGGGCUCUGCCCUUCCUCUCUGUGCCACCUACUUGAGGGGGGAUGCCUGCAUGCACUGGGGGUGGGCAGCCGGCCCAGCCAUCGUGGGGAGAGCCCCUCUGCCACGCGCUUUGUGCCUCCAAAGCUCCCCUUCCUCGCUCUGGGCCUCAGACCUGCCAUCCUUUGUGGAGCACCCCUCCACCCCAGUCGAACCAAACCCAAACUCUGGGGGCCGGGCAGGGCUGCCCCACAGGACCUGGGGAUCGUGACGUGGAGGGGCAGUGGAAAAACCCAAUCCAAAGCCAAGCCAGGACUGGCUGCGGACCCCGCCUCCCGUGCCGCGUAAUCACGGAGCUGCGUGGUGUCUCCUUAGAAAUAGUCAAAAGCUUUGCCGAGAAAAUAAAUGUAUGACUAUUAUAUUUGACAACGUAAAAUCUAUAUAUUUUUCACCACUGGAAUCUAGUCGAGCUGCGUAGCCCCUCUGCUCCGGUCUGCGUCUUGCUGUCUGUGGCCUUCCUACUGUGUCCUGUGUUUUGAUGGACGUGGUCAGGGCCGGGGCUGUGGUCCGUUCUGUCCCUGAUGCUGGAGGAGCCACUCGUGAAGAGCGUGGACCGAGGACUCUGGACAAGGUGAGCGGAGCUGGCACCGCCCUCUGCUCCUGCUGUGGCUCAAGACCUGCCUGUCUGGUCAGAGGGCCUCCAGCCCACAGUGUUGGGGGUGCCUCUCUUUUGGGGGGUCUGGUGGGACCUUGACGGGCUUUGCCUCUUGUCGGUGGAGGAGGCAGCUCUCUGGCCCAGGCCUGGGACAGACGCUGGGACCGUGUCGGCCAGGCCCCGGCUUGUGCGUGUGUGUUUGUGUGUGUGUGUGUGCUCGGUAUCCUGCAUCUAUGCAAAAGGGGCAGCGCUGCCUGGGCAGCUCCCAGGGGCGGAGGCGGAGGCGCAGCGGCCCACGGGCUCAGGCUCCAAGCCCUGACUGCAGGACACAGGAUGUGGGACCAGGAAGCAAGGCCAGGGCCCGGGGGCCUCCCGCUAAGUGCUCAUCCUCCAAGGCUCCCCUUUUCCUUCCUGCUUAAUACCACCUCCUGCUGGGCUGUGACCUUUCCCUCCCGCCCUCUGCUUCUGCAGCAGAGAUCUUUGGGGUCUCCCCUGUCCCCAGCCUCUGGCCAGAGCUGAUUAGAUCCUAAGGGACCAUGUUCUCAGGAACCACCUUCUGGAACUGCUGGUCCCUUGGGGUCCCACCUCCAGAAGUGGCUUCUCCUAAGCUAUAAGGUCCAGGCCAGAGCUGCUUUGCUGCUCCUCUCGUCCAGGCUCAAAGCAGAAAUCAGUCUGGGGCCGGGACUCUGCUCAGAGAGCUGGCCUCAAAUGGAGUUUAUCCCAAAUAUCUCCCAAGGGGAUAACUUAGCUUUUCACUGAAUACCCUUCCCAGUCGCCACUAGCACAGGGGUAUCUGGCAGCACCUUGGGGGGUGGGGUGGGGGCAGAUGACAAGGUUCUGGGGUAAAGGCCUACAGAGGGGCCUCUGCCCAGGGAAAUCAUUACCCCCUCUGACCUAGGAAUCAGUGCACACAAGUCACAGUGCACUGCUACAUUCAGCCAUGCCCAUGUAUCAGGGGAUACAGGAAGGGGGGAGGUGGGGAGGGGUCUUCACUUUUGUCUUCUUUGUCCUUUUGAUCAGACAGAGUUGUACCUACAGCAGACAGCUCUGAAUUAAAGCAUGAAAACACAA